CCAAUUUUAGUAUACCCCAAAUUGAACACCGCGCGAGGUCUGGAGAUCGAACCGCAAAAUGGCGCCUGUGAGAGCCACCACCACGGGCGCUGUUAUUGCGGCGGGGACAAUCUCUAUUUCCAUGGCAGUGCUUUCUUACUUUAUCUGUGCUCAGAAUCGCUGCAAGAAGAAGGAGGAGAAGAAAGGGCAGAGGAAUGGACUCGUUGAUGCGAUUGGCAACACCCCAUUGAUUCGCAUUAACAGCCUCUCCGAAGCAACUGGAUGUGAGAUUCUUGGCAAAUGUGAAUUUUUCAAUCCAGGAGGCAGUGUGAAAGACAGGGUUGCUCUGAAAAUUAUUCAGGAGGCUCUGGAGUCUGGUGAGCUAACUCCAGGGGGAGUAGUAACUGAGGGGAGUGCUGGCAGCACCGCUAUUAGCCUUGCCACCGUGGCUCCUGCCUAUGGAUGCAAGUGUCAUGUGGUUAUCCCUGAUGAUGUUGCUGCUGAGAAGUCACAAAUUCUUGAAGUCCUUGGAGCAACUGUGGAAAGGGUAAGGCCAGUGUCAAUUACUCACAGAGACCAUUAUGUAAAUGUUGCUAGGAGACGUGCGCAGGAAGCAAAAGUAUUAGCUUCAAAAAAUAGAGAUGUGGACCAAAAGUUUAAGCAUAUUAAUGGUUACAUAUCUGAUGGGGAGAAGCAAGAAUCAGUUUUCCCAAAAUCUUGUACUGGAGGUUUCUUUGCUGAUCAGUUCGAGAACCUGGCAAAUUUCCGUGCUCAUUAUGAGGGGACUGGGCCUGAAAUCUGGGCGCAGACCGGUGGGGAUCUUGAUGCAUUUGUUGCAGCUGCAGGCACAGGUGGCACUGUAGCUGGUGUCUCCAGGUUUCUCCAGGAAAAGAAUCCGAAGAUCAAGUGCUUCCUAAUAGAUCCUCCUGGUUCUGGGUUGUUUAAUAAGGUAACUAGGGGGGUGAUGUACACCAGAGAGGAGGCAGAAGGAUAAAGGCUGAAAAAUCCUUUUGACACGAUAACUGAAAGGAUUGGAGUCGACAGAUUAACUCAGAAUUUCAUGAUGGCAAAUCUUGAUGGUGCAUCGGGCACAGAUAGAGAGGCAGUUGAAAUGUCGAGGUUUCUCCUGAAGAAUGAUGGUCUCUUUAUUGGAAGUUCAUCUGCAAUGAACUGCGUUGGGGCUGUAAGAGUGGCAGAAUCUCUAGGCCCUGGUCAUACAAUUGUCACUAUUCUGUGUGAUAGUGGAAUGAGGCAUCUGAGCAAGUUUUAUGACGCUCAGUAUUUGGCUCAGCAUGGCUUGACGCCCAUGGCAACAGAACUAGAAUUUCUGAGAAUAAAAUGGAAACAAACAAUUUUUUGAAGGGAAAAAUGAAAAACAAGUUGACUUCAAGUGUUCACUAUCGAAAAUUUCAAUCCUGGCAAUAGCAGCUGUAUGAAUUUAUUCAAGGUUGGAUCACAAAGGUGCACUCUAAAGGAUGCAACCUGUAUCUUUGACAGUCUUGAAGCUGUAGAAGUAGAGCAUAUUAGCACAGAUUAUUUUGUAGGAAUAGGCACAUUAUUACAAGUCCCUUUUGUAUAUAGGCUGAUUGAAUUAUUCAUUGGAAAGUCCAGUGACGAACUGCAGUUAAAAAUCAUUAUUGUUUUUUGUAUUUCUAAUGAGAACUGGACCAUUUUAACUU